AAUAGCCACUGUGAUGAUUAGCUUCAUGAUAUUUAUGUGUGAAUUCUCGUGCAAUAAACGCUUGCCAAGGUGUUGUGCCGGACGCACGAAGAACAUGAACUUUCUGACUUUGAUUAGUGAGCAAACAACGAGCUUAUUGGGCGCUCAAGACGACGAAGACGAGCGAAUACGAAGACAACAACGAAAGUGUAGAAGUGAUCUAUGCAAAGACGUGAGAGGAAAAUUAGAAGAGACGGAAAAAAGAAUCCAAGAACUGGAAGAACGAUUGAAUGACAAAGGAAACGGUGCCAUCAUCAACCGUCGCCAUGGAUCCCUAGCUAGCAGCAUCUUUAAAUAUUCUGAUAUUGACGACCUGGACUCUGUUUCAUACGAUACAAGUGCCGCUGUACAGUUUCACGAGUCUUCCGUAUAGCUGUCAGGAAACAGUGAUGGUUUGAGUACCCGGUGUUGUACGGGGGAAGACAGUUUGCUGUUUAACAGCACUCGCUACUGGUGGUUGCUUUGUGUCUGACCAACACGUGGCAGACUGGGAAGAGCCUGUUUUUGCGUGUUACCAAGAAGAAGGUAUUGGUGUUUGGCAGCGUUGCAGUUUUAGCUCAACCUCAAUUUGCGGAGGCCCGGAGCGCCAUUGUUAUAUAUGCUGUUGUGUUCAACAAAUUGCCAACAUCACGAAAUCUAGAUUUGUAAGCGAUCCAUUUCAGAAAAAGCUAUUUUACCGCGAUGUAGGACGACCAUGUUCCGCACAAUCG